AUGAAUCAGCGAAGUCUCAAGCGAAGGCUGAAAGAUUAUGAAAUUAAUAGACGUGAAACAGUAGAUGAGGAGCUCAAGGAACGUGUCAGGGAUCUUAUUUUACAAGAAAUAUGCACUGGUCCUAAUAGCCUCAAUGUCUACAGGACUAUGUGGCAUGUCUUGCGCGUAAGACACCGGAUUAAUGUUCCUCGGCGAUUAGUAGAGUCACUCUUAAGAGAGGUUGAUCCUAGAGGAGUGGAACAUAGAAAGAGCCGUUGUCUUCAGCGCAGAACAAUUCUUUGGCUUGAGGUGCAACCAUCGAACAAAAAUCCAAGGUGUGUUACAAGCUAUUUUGUAAAGCACGUCAAAGCAGCACAUGGAUGCCCAGUACGUGUAUACACUGACCCUGGCACUGAAAAUGGUCUGAUUGUCGGAAUCCAGUGCUACUUGAGAGCUGAGGGAUUGGAUGAAUACGCAGGAUCAAAGUCCCACAAACACCUAUCAAGCAAUAAGAAUCAGCAUAUUGAAUGUCAAUGGUCACAUUACAGGAAACAACGUUCAAGUUGGUGGAUCGACUUCUUUAAUGACCUUCACGAGUCUGACAUUCUUGAUCUGACUAGUGACUUGCACAAAGAGGCAAUUUGGUUUUGUUUUGCUGAUUUGCUGCAGACUGAUCUGGAUAAGGUAAAGGAAUACUGGAACAGUCACCGGAUCAGGAAGUCAAAGCAUGCCACUGUAUCCGGUGUUCCCGACAUGAUGUACUUCCUGCCCGAGGAUUUUGGACACAGCGACUGCUUGGCUUCAAUAUCGCCACACAAGCUCACGGAAAUGGAAAAUAGGUUUGACGGGUUCGAUGUUGAGGAUGAUGAGUGCAAUCCAGUUUUCCCCGAGUAUUUUCAAUACGUCAUAGACAAUAAUGGCUUAUCCCACCCCACAAGCAUUCAUAGGGCUGGAGUCCAAAUUGAGAAGCUUAUCAAGUUUGCAAAAGGUGAGGUGGUGUCUCAACUCCCUUCCCUUUCUCCCGGCGAUGAUGAUUUCACCCAUAUAUAAUUGCCAGAGCCUCGGCAUAAG